CGACACCAUUAGCAAGUUACUAGGAACCAUGGUGUCAGUGUCUUUUCAAACCAUGCUGCAGGCUAGCCCUAGGUUGCUCAAAGGGCUCAGACAACUGUUGACUCGGAGGCGAGUAGAAAUAGGCGACAACCCCGAAUUACCAGAAGGGGAGAGGGAGGAGGAAGCUCCGCAAGAAGUGGCUAACCUUCAGAGGAGUCACGGGGACUUGGAGGAUCUCGAAAAAGCCUUUGCAGACAUUCGUUUGAGCUUGCCCGACCGGGAGGGCGGCGAAGUCAUGAGGUCACCACCCGGGACAAAGCUUAGCUUUCAUGCACUGCUCGUAGGAAAACUGAAAAUCCAGAUCGGGAGUCAUCAUACCGAUGCAUUAGUAGACGGGGGAGCAGAAAUCACUCUCAUAAGGAGAGAUUUCGCAACGAUCAUGGUAUGUACGGUAAGCAAGGAAGUAACAGGGAGCAUCCGGGGAGCUGGCGGGGAAAUCCCGUUCGCUGGGUACGUCACGAAGUGUGCUGUGAAGGCAGGGGUCAGGGAAUCGAUCUGGUCGUUUCAGCGGAUGACCGUAAUGGAGGAGAUGGACCACGACAUAAUCAUCGGGAGACCAUGGUGCGCGAACGUGGAGAUGAUAGGCGUGCACUUGCACGGUGGCUCAUGCAUGGUAGACAUAGAGGACCCUGUGACCGGCCGGGGAGAGCUCCUCCGAGUCCUUGGAACGGGAGGAGACCCUCCAAAGGGGAAAUUGGCGACUUGGUCGCCGUCGUUCGAGGAUAGCACGCGAAAAGGGGCUUUCGCACGGAUGGAGGGUAUGAGAGAAAGGGUAGAAAUCAUGAUUGAGGAAGCAUUCAACAAGAAGGAGUGGAUCAAGAUGGGCCUGCCCCAGAAGAAGAGGAGGCAGGAGGACGAAGUCGUAGGUGUUAUGAUAGCGGAAAAAGAGUCAGAGGUCGAACUUGGUGCUAGCCUGCCCAAACGGAAAGAAGUACGCAUAGACGUGCCAGAAAUCGCACUCGAGAUCCCCGAUGUAUUACAACUCAUCAAGGCCCUCAGAUACCACAAGGUUGGAGUGGAUUCGGCAGCCUUGGCCAAGUUCGAAAGAGAGGUGAAAAAAGGAUAUUGCCUGAAUGAGAAACUAGAAGCCGGAUCCGGCAAAGACCGACAAGAUAUCACAGUGGCCGACACCACUGCGCAGGACGACGGAGAACGGCGGUAUUCGCAAUUCAAGAAGGAAGUCCUAGCCAUCCUUCAUUGCCUUAAGACCUUCCAGACCUACCUAUUUGGGGGGCGGUUCAUCUUAAGGAUCGAUCCGACGAAUGUCGCAGGGACUCUAAAGAAUUACAGGCCUAUAGAUCCGACGGUAGGGAGAUGGGUAGGAUUCAUCUGGCAGUUUGAUUACAAGAUCGAACAGAUUGCUGGAAUCCGCAACAAGGCAGAUGGACUGAGUCGGGUUUGCAUCACUUCCGAAGGGAUGGAGGAUGCAGAGCCCAUAGACGCAUUCCUCGAAUACGAAGGACGGACUCUCGCGGUGGAUAACGAAAUGAUGAGCGGGGGAUGCACAUCGGGAUAACUAUUGAUCCAGACUUUGGAGAAGGGGGCACCUGUCGUAGUAGCAGAACUUAGAGAAGGACCAGUUACCACUCGAGGACGCAGAGAAGAAAAUAACUCAUGGGGAGCGAUAGUAGGACCGAAAGAGGAUUGAAUAGCAAUGGCAGUCGAUGGAGGCCGGGAAGUAGUGAUGAGUUUAGUGGAAUCUUGGGAAAGGAAAGAGUUGCAAUGGGUGGUAAACCAGAUGCAGGAAGGAAAGGAUGAGGGCAAGGAAGGAGAGGAGUUUUUCUAUGUCCAAUCAUACGAAGGGCUCUUUCGGGAGAUCGGACUGUUGUUGGUUGAAAACAAACAACCUAUGGAAGU